CGCUCUAAGUACUGCUUGUUGGGCAUUACUCAUCGAGUAGUUCUCACGAAUAGGAAUAGGAUGCAUGUCUCAAGUCGUAAGUCAGAAGUAAAGGACAUCCGCAAGUCAAAACUCAGAAGUGGCCCUCAACGGCUUCUAUAUUUCAUUGUAUGAAAAGACAUUGAAACUUGUGACAAAUAAGUAGCGGAAAUGUAAAGUGGAUGAUACAGAAAUUAAAUCAUACUUCUAUCAUAAUACACAAUGGCAUGCGAGGAAAUUUAACAAUUGGGCUUAUUUUAUCGAAAUCUACAUAAGUGUUUAUAAGGAACCGACAGUGAAACAGAGAAAGAAUGGAUUUAGCUUUUAUGCUUGUCGCCAUAUGGUUAAUUGCUGGAACGAAGUUUGUUGCAAGCUUAUCUUUUACUUUGUCAGCAUCACGAGUAAAAUUGGGAACUACAGGAACUCUGAGAAUGACAUGCAAUAUUACAGAAAUAGAUGCAUCUGUAAUAUACAACAUUCAAAUACGGCGAGAAACCGACCCAGGAUCUAACUACACAUGGGAAACCAUCGCUGAAAUUGAAGCAGGUUCAAUGGAAAUCCCAUUUUUAGAUAAAGACAUUGUAAAUGACAAGGACUUUGUUGCUGGUGGUGUAAUUGAUAAAGAUACUCCAAUUAACACUUAUUUAACAUUAGAUAUGAAUAAAGAGAAGCUGACAUAUAGUGACGCCAGAGACUAUAGAUGUGAGCUGACCUAUAAAAGUAACAUUACUGGUAGCGUUGCCUCUGUUAAAAGAAAUGCCAGCCUUUCAAUUGUUGGUGACGACACCACUGACAAAACGCAAUCGGAUACAAUGGAAAACCCAGAAUAUGUCAGCAAAACCACAUUAAUAACUGUUGGUGUUAUUUUAGGAAUUACAAAUAUCGUGGCGAUAGUUUAUGGAAGCUACAUGACAGUGGAAAUGAGAAAAGCAAAAACAAGAGGAUCUGAUAAUAACAUCCAUAAUCGUCCAAGACAGGAGUUAUUACCACCUUCAGUAACGUAUGCCAAAGACGACCGUCAAGGCUGCUCCAUUCAGGAAACUGAUGAUGUAUCCCCAUGACCUUAUAUCUGAACAUCUUUGGGAGUCACUAGAACAUGUACACGUAAGAAAAAAAGGUGGCAACAUAAAAGCAUAGCGCUUUGGUUUUUGGAGAUCAUUCAUUCACAUAACAGUACAAAAAAGUUUGUAAACUGCUCGGCUGCAGCAUUAAUUUCAUUUAAUUACCAAAUAGUCCAAGAGAUAGGGCACUUCUAUUUACUUUUUUGAGCCCAAGCAAACUUUUAUUUCAUUUGACAGCUAAAAAUGAAUUUUCAGAAAACCCAUUUCUUAAAUGUCAGAGCGGAUGGAAUCACCAAAUUUUCAAGAUGGCCGCCAAUAUGGCUGCCAUAUUUUUGCACAUUUCAAUUUAUUUAUAAAAAGAAGCCUUUCUAUAUUAAAAUUGAUAAAAUUUAUCACGAGAGUGGUUUUAUUAUAUAGCAAACAACAUCUUCUAAAUAUCUUUGCCCUUUUAUGCUAUUUUAUGUCUUUAUUGAAAAAUAAUGCCUAAAAUGGGCAAAAUAGUGCAUUUUUAUGAUUUUUCACGGUUACACCACCUGUCAAUAAUUGUCAUUUCAAACGCAUAGGUUUCCUUUUAUAAAUAAACGGAAAUUUGAAAAAUAAUCGCGUCAUAUUGGCGGCCAUCUUGAAAAUUUGGUGAAUCCACCCGCUUUGACAACUAAGAAAUUGAUUUUCUGAAAAUUCAUAUUUAUAGCUGUCAAAUGAAAAAAAAAGUUUGCUGGGGCUCAAAAAAGUAAAUAAAAGAGUCUUAUCUCUUGGACUAAAUUGUUUGUCAUGAAAUUGGAUAAGUGCAAUAUAAUUAGUAUUGAGGGAAUUCAGGUAACCUACUGUAGUAACAACUAUUGUUGUUAAGUAUAUCGCAUCUAUGAUCUCAAAACUCAGUCUACUGACUGAAAGACAUAUGCUAGCUUUCAGCUGUAUUUCAUUCCUCAGAGCUAAAGUUAAAAUAGCUCAACAACGCACAAAUCAGCAAACAAGGAGUCAGUGUAAGAAACUGUGCAAACGGAUUUGAAGAAAAGGCGAAGGCGGUUAUGCUACGUGCGAAAAGAUUACAGUGUUCACGAGAAACUAAAAUGACCCUUACGGAAAUAUUAUAGCUGGCCGCGAACUCUUACUACGAUUGUGCCACGAAUAUCAGGCAACCAUGCCGCGAACACUUUUGAUAAAAUAGAUACAAUGAUCGCAGGUUGUUUGUUUGGUGUUCGCUUUUCACACGCAAAUUAGAUUAGCCACGAACUUUCCGCGAACAAGUUGCAGCGGUCAUCCCGCGAACUAGUUGCUGCGAACAUGCCGCGAACAAGCUAAGAACCAUGACUACCCAGCUAAACCUAUAUGGAAAUUGCCCAGAAAAUAGCUUGUACAGAAAUGGUGCAAAAUUACAUUAAAAGGAAUUGGGAACAUAAAUUUCUUCAAUAACCUCAAUCACUGAGGCUGUAGCAGACUCAAAUGGUAAAUGUCUGACCUUUUUCAUAUCAUGGUUCUUGGUAUAUUUUGAGUUUUAAAGAUAAUGUAUGCAUGAAUUUAAUAGCUUUUUGCAAUUUAAAUAACAGUGUCACAGUGCAUGUAUUCAUUUCAUGUUCUUUCCAUGUUCUGGCCCCUAUGACGCUGGCCUCUGACAGAAUUGCCUCCAAGAUCAAUAGGAAUAAUCUACUAGGUAGGUCCAAUCAUCCCGUUAAGUUUUUUCUUUCUGGGUCAAGGUAUUCUCAACUUAUUGAUCGGAAACGGAUUUGCAAAUUCAAGCCCCUGCGACCUUGAUCUUUGAUGGAGUGAUUCCCUAACCCCCCUCCCUCCCCCGCAAAAAAGAACAAUAGGUGUCAUCUAAAUUGUAAGUCAUAUCACUCUAUGAAGCUAGAAAGUUAGAAAGUUCUAGGUCAAAUGGUUCUUCAGUUAUUGAUUGGAAACGGUUUAACAUUUUCUGGCUCCUGUGACCUUUAUCUUCGACAAAGUGACCAUAAAAUCAACAGGAGUCAUUUACUCUGCAUGUCCAAUCAUCCCACGAAGUUUCAGCAUUCUGGUUGAAGUGUUUCUCAAGUUAUUGAUUGAAAAUGGUUUUCCAUGAUCUGGCCACUGUAGCUUUGUGACUUUGACCUUAAAUGGAAUGACACCCCGAAACAAUAGGUGUCAUCUACUCUGUAAACCCUAUCACCCAAUGUUCUAGGUGAAAUUGUUCUCAAGUUAUUGGUUAUAAAUGAAGUGUGACGGACGGAAGGACGAUAAGGGCAAAAACGAUAUGAUGUCUAAAACAAACCCCACAAUAUUUUAAAUUCGCUCGGCGGAAAAAAACUGCGGGUAGCAGCGAAUAUCUUGCGAAUACUUCCUGCAGAUAGAAAGGUAUGUUCACGAAAUGUUCGCAGCAUCCUUUUGACCAUUUCGUAAGGAGACUGUUUCCAGCAUUUGAUCUUCCGUCCAGAGAGCACAUCUAGUCAUACAUAUAAACAGAUAUUAAACUACAUUUAUGUAUGUACUACAUGUACACUGCCAUAAUGAUAGAGGGAAACUGAGUUACUCGUCUAUAUCAUUACUCUUACUAUUACUAUUAUUGUUAUAAUGUAUGUCUGUUUAUUUUUUACUCAAAUAAGUUUCACACAUCUCAUGUAAGAAUCUCAUUUAAAGCAAUUGUCUGUAAUUCGGAUUUAAGAUUGAUAUUUGAUGACAUGCAGCAUGAAUGGACUGUAGGUAGUGCUGAUUGUUAAGUUUUAAUGUAAUGUAUAUGUUGAGUGUUCAAAUUAAUAUUUGGUGAAAUACAAUAUGGAUGAACUGUACGUAGUUCUCAUGCUGAUAACUUUUAGGAGUGAUGUAUAAUGUUGAGUGUUGGUGAAGUACAGCAUGAAUAACAUGUACGUAGUGAUUAGACAUAUAUAUUUUGCGAUUAAUGCCGUGAUGCGUUGAUAAUUUUACUAAAAUGAAUAUGUUAUGCAAGACAAGUUGACCAGUUAGGCUAAGCGUAUACAAAUCUUUGAGAUAUUACAUUGUGCUACAUCAUAUAUUUGUAACAGCAUUUCCUUUUUAUUUGAGCAAUGCUGCAUAAGUUGAAAAUAUUGGCAGCUAUCUAGUACAUCUAUUUAUAUUUAUUCGAAUUAAGCUUAACAGGGACAAUCUGUGUGCAAUGUCUAAUGGGAUAAGCAAAGCAUGCCUUAAUUCAUUUAAGUUGGUACUUGUUAAAUCCUUAGUAAGCAGCAAUGAAAGCCAUGGUCGCGAAUUCAAUGGCAUGAAACAAAGCCAUUUCAUUGUGAAAUGAAUGUUUAAAGCGGGAUGCAUGUAAUGAAAAUUGGCGGUAAAUAUCAUAUUUAUGAUUUAGUAGUUAUUUUGCUUAUAAACAUAAGUUACGUCAUUUUCAUAAAGUUUGAAACCAUAAAACAGUAAAAUGGUAAAAGGAAACAAAAUUGAAAGAUAGGAGUUGACUUGUAAGAAGCAUUCAGUAUAGCAAAUGCAGUCAUUAUCAGACGUCGCAAAGUAAGCCAACCACAAGUAUUAAAGAAUAUCCAAGAAAGGCAGCAAACCUUUAUGGAAACAUCGUUCUGUUGUAGUUCACUAUCUGUGGUAGAAUAUUUGCAUGAAUAUGUGGUAUAUAUUGUGUGCUUAAAAAGGUUUACAUCAGGUAGAAUGUAUGAUAGUUUUAUGAUAGUUUGAAUUGGAAAUGUAUAGACUUUGUUAACUUUUUCUCUAAUAUUUAUAUUUUGAUAUUUAUUUCUAUUAUAUACAUUCCUCUCCUAUAGGAGACUGGCUACUACACUAAACUCAUUUAAGAAAUAAUAAGUUCCGAAACGUGGUAUAUUGUAGAAUAACCCGUAUUUUGGGUCCUUAUGCGUGAAACAUAUCACGAAGGCCGUAGGCCUGAGUGAUAUAUUGUUUCGCAUAAGAACGAAAAACUCGGGUUAUUCUACGAUAAAUCACACGUGGGAACUUGUUAGUUCGAUUCUAUACACACCUGGAACGGAUGACGUCAUUGCACGCGAGUGGUUUAUUGCAGAAUAACCCGAGAUAGAUUUUGCUCCACAUGUAUGUAGGUUAUUUGCUGAUCGUGUUAGAAUACUUUAUAUACAUGAUAUACACAUGUCACAAUAAUAAACUAUUUUAAAUAGCA